AUUUGCUGCCCCUCCAGUCUCCGGUCGGGCAGACCCCUUUUCGAGUCGCUCGCACCACACAACUCAAGGCACGGCACCAUUCAAGACAUCUCACACAAUGGACCAACGCGGCGCGCCUGAGUUCAUUCUUGAAGCCUUUGCAGACCCCAGCUCGGUGCGCGAUGUCGUCCGCGGUAUCCUACAUACCAUUUUCUUCCUCCGCUACUUCUCCGCCGUCCUCCCGCAAACCCGCGACGUCCUUGGGCUCGAGCUGCCCUACGUCCCCGAAGCCGAGAUCGAGACCCUCAUCGACCAGCGCGUGGCCGCCCUCGUGCGCCAGCUCGAAGCUGAGCGCCACCAAUCUCACACUUUGCCCGAGAGCCGCGGCGGCUUUGGACUUGGCCUGCUAGUAGGCGGAGGAGGAGGAGGAGGAGGAGGAGGAGGGGCCCCUCUCUCUAGCGGCGGCGGCGGCGGCCGGGGUCAGAUCACGAUUCAAUUUCUCGAAAAGCGCCGGCGCAAGACAUGGUACGCCAUGCGCGGCGAUGACGAGGUGCCCUGGGAGAGCUGGACGGUCAAAGUGACAGUGGCCGACCCGCGAACAGAAGGGGAACGAGCCAAGGUCCGCCGAGCGUCCGAGACGACCCUGCACAACACAAUCAUGAAGACCGUCACCCUCGCCAACGCGCACAAGGACCAUAUCCCCCCCAUCACCACCUCCGACUCGAACCCGUUCCCCUACCAGAUCCACGUCGGUGGCGUGCAGAGCAGCAGCCACCAGCAGCGCUCGCAGCAGCAGCAGCAGCAGCAGCAACAACAUCAACAACAAUUACAACACCGCCAACAGCAGCAGAAGAAGGGAGCCGCCGUUGCGGGGUGGGCUACGCGCAUGGGCAUCUAUUAGGCGGGGAUUCUCCGGCGCGCGGCUGAGCCGGUGGGUGUGCGUCAG